GGUAGUGCACUCCAGGGAGCUGCGCUGAGAUCUUUGAGACACGGACGCAGGCGGCAUCAGCAUCAAACACAGACCCGCUCUACGGGGCUCCGUCCCUCCGUCUCUCCGUGCCCAGCCAUGAAACAGACAUUACUGGACCUCAUGAGGAUGAGUAGGAUCUGCCGGAUGGUGCUGGCCACUUGUUUAGGAUCUUUUAUUCUGGUCAUCUUCUAUUUCCAAAGUAUGUUCCAACCAGUUAUGAGGCGGAACCCGUUCGCAGCGGAGGGCUGCUGCCGAAAAGGCUCUAGAAACGCCCUGCAGGAGCUGUACAAUCCCACACAGGCCGAGUUCUCUGCAGCGGCGGUGUUGCAUCAGGCCCGGCGGGAUCAAGUGGCAGACACAUGUCGCGCCUACAGUGCAUCUAGCCGCAAGCGCCGCGUCCUGACCCCCAGCGACCUCAAGCACCUGGUGGUGGACGAGGAGCACGAGCUCAUCUACUGCUACGUCCCCAAAGUGGCCUGCACCAACUGGAAGCGGGUCAUGAUGGUGCUGAGCGGCCGUGGCAAGUACAGCGACCCCAUGGAGAUCCCGUCCAAUGAGGCCCACGUGCCCUCCAACCUCAAGACCCUCAACCAGUACAGCAUUCCUGACAUCAACCACCGGCUCAAGAGCUACCUCAAGUUCCUCUUCGUGCGCGAGCCCUUCGAGCGGUUGGUGUCAGCCUACCGUAACAAAUUCACGCUCCGGUACAACACCUCGUUUCACAAACGCUACGGGACGAAGAUCGUGCGGCGGUACCGCAAGAACGCAACAACCGAGGCGCUGCAGAGCGGCGCCGACGUGAAGUUCCAAGAGUUCGCCGAGUACCUGGUGGACCCGGGCACUCAGAGAGAAGCUCCGCUCAACGAACACUGGCAGACGGUUUACUCGCUCUGCCAUCCCUGCCAUAUCCACUACGACCUGGUGGGCAAGUACGAGACUCUGGAGGAGGACGCCAACUACGUGCUCAAACUGGCAGGGGUUGGCGAGUCCUUGCGCUUCCCAACGUACGCAAAAUCCACUCGUACCACCGACCAAAUGGCAGCCAUGUUUUUCAACAACAUCAGCUCUCAGCAGCAAGGCCAGCUCUACCAACUCUACAAACUGGACUUUCUAAUGUUCAACUACUCUAUUCCCAGCUACCUAAAACUGCAGUAGACACGCAUACUCAACUGCACACAUGUUCCGAGCUUGUUCAACAAGGUUGAGCAAUGGGAGAAGGGCCAUCGCUGAAAGACACAGGCGGGGGAAUCAACCGAGCACUCAAAUGUAAAAUUGUAUUUAUAUCCGCAAGGACGGUUGCUUUAUUUCAAGGCGAGAUUAAGGAGCUAUCGGUCAACUGCAAAUGCGGACCACUUUGAAAGUCUGAUGUAUUUGCCCAUCGAAUUGUACAUUUUCAGUGUAAAGGCUCCUGUUCCCAAACAUCAAAAGCAAUAUGACAGAUUCUGAACUAUACCUGCUCAAAAGGUUUAUCUAUUAAUAUACUCAGCCAGCUGCCGCAGCCAUUACUGAACCUUCACAGAAAGGAGCGCCUAGACUAAUAAUAAGACUCGAGAUACAAUCAGACUUGUUCUGACUUCAAUUCCCCACUUCUAAUUUCAUGUUCCCUUUGGAAGUUCCCUCGCUUCUCUCCCAUUCUCAGACGGCCUUUGUGUGUGUGUGUAUUUAUAUAGUGCAUAUUUAAAGGUGCACACUAAAAUAAGAUGAAAAAAAAGAGGCAUUGAAUGAUGCCUCCUGAAGGGGGCGUGUCCAUAUGUGAGUGACAGGCAGGGGCUCCACCCACUGGGUCAGUCAGGGAGCAUCUGUAGCAGUCAGGAGGUCAGAGGUCACUGCGGGUUGGCCUCAAGCACACUGUUCCCACAACCCCUCCUCCCUCGGUUGGUCUUCUUAAAGUAGGAUUUUGAGUGUUUUGUUUUAUUUUGUAUUUGUUCAUAAUGGAAAAAGUUGCUGCGAGCAGCACGUUAUAAUAUUAUUUGAAUUACUGUGUGAAAUAGAGAUGAGAAAGACUUAAUAUUUUGUUUCCAGGAAAGAAAAUUAGCUUAGAGCUAGAGACUUUCUGAGGUUUAAUUGUCAUAAUUCGUUCAUAUUUCUUCUCGCCUCGUAUGCAGAACACUGUUGCUGGGAUACCUCGCUGGUUGUUUUGUGACGGGUGUACGAAAACGGGCAGGACUUUGUUUUCUGAGCUGUUCUCAUGGGAAAGUUUCACACAGUGGUGCGCGUUUGAGAGAAAGAGAGAAAGAGAGAAAAUGCAGGCAAAUCUGUUCCAUCCAUUAGAUGAUUUAAACGUCUUUCCCAAUUUGAGUUCAAAGGAACACCCUUUAAUUUAGCAAGCUGUCUUUUAUGAUCCUAAUUUGCUUUGACUGUGCACAAAAAUUAUGAAAAUUGCUUAUUUAUGUGCGCGAUGGCCACAAGUGGGUGUGUCCUAGUGCUUUAUCUCAAUGGCUUUGUCUGUAGCAAAUCUUGACUCUGGCUAAAGGCUUCUGUUAGCUUUCUCCCUCCCACAUCUCUUUGCUUUUUAGGAAAAGUCCUUGGUUGAUUUGGCCUGAAUACGUGAGUGCUGAUUAGCAGGAUUUUAAGUCUUGUAGAGCAGGGUCUUUAAUGAAGACCACACACACACUCACACACACUUGUGGCAGCACCCUAGUGGGUAAAACGUGGCAAAAAAGCAAGAAAGAAGAAAAAAAUCUUUUAAAACCAAGCCACGUUAUCAACCCCUCUAUGCAGUACAGCUAUUCCUUUCUCAUGCUGCUUUUUCUAAAUCUCUAAAAGCUUUAAAAAAAAGAUUAAAAUUCUCAUGCAGAUUCUUUAACACGGAAAACCAGUAAUUACAAAACUAUUUCUUUUAACCGAGUUGUCAUUUAGUAGCAUAAUUAUGGUAACUGACUGGCUGGUUAGGACAAAAACUCGGAUUUACAUGCCAGAGAUUCCAGUUGAUAAAUUUAGCAUGUGUUUUCUUUCACAAAGACGCAUAAAACCUUUAUCUAGUUGUUAUUAGAUUGUCUAUUAAUCUCUGCUCUCCUCUUCACCAGAACAGGAAAUGAAUCUGAAGCGAAACGAAUCGAAUCACUCAAGUCUGAUCUUCUUUUUUGGAAUCAUCAGCUCAGAAAACAAAGUAUGCCUGAAUGGUUUCUCAGUUUAUAAACUGUUUAUUUCAUUUGUUCUGUAACAACAAACACGGUACAGCCUCAUUAGCGCCCACACGACAGCCAUGCUAAUACACGCAUUAGCGCCCACAUUAGCAGGCACAGUGCCUUUCAAACUGUCUUUCUAGUACAGAUCACUCACGUUGCAUGCAGCAUUUUUCAUUUUUAGAAAUACAAAACAUGAUUUGCUUUAUUUAUGAUUCACGUUUCCAGCUGAGCACUUCCCCAGGUGGAGGUUUUAUCACAUUUAGCUAACUUAGCUAACUUUACACACUGUAGUACAGAACAGCUAGGCUCACCAUCCACACAUGGCUUACCUGUUACUCUAUGUGCCUGUUUAAUAAUCAGUGUCUACAUUGGUUUCCCUGUUUGUUUUCAGCGGGUGUCUGCUCAUUUUCUUGAGCUCACAAACAUUCUCAAACUAUCCGCAGUUUAAUUUAUUUAUUUAUUCCUCCUCUGUAUUCAGGAUGGACUCUGCCGGGUCACUGGGUCGGACCCUCGCACUGUAAAUGGGAAAAAUACAAACCAAGUGAACUGUCGGAUCAAUGCGCUCCCUGGAGAACGCGCUCACACUCUCUCUCUCUCUCUCUCCUCUGUUUUCUCAAUAAAGCUGAAACUGAAACCCU